AAACAAAAAACCAGUCAUUCUCUAAUUCUACAAACUUCUAAGUUCAAAGUCUUCUUCUUCUUCUCAGUUCCACUUUUUCCAAUUCCAUUCUCUCCCGUCUCUAGUUUUCUCAAAAAUCAACAAACUCUAGAGCGCAGACACAAGCCACUCUUUUGUUUUUCCUUUAUUUCAGAAAACUUAUUUAAGGAGGUUGUUUAAUUUCAUUUGCAAAUCAAAAAGAAGAAAAAAACAACUGGUUUUUGAUUUUGUACUGUCAAGUAUUUUUUGUUGGAUGGAGAUAAUUCCAGGUUUACCAAAUGAGAUUGGAAGAGAAUGUCUUAUUCGAGUUCCAUACACUCAAUUCCCGACGCUUAUAUCCGUUUCGAAAAAAUGGAAGCAAGAAAUCCAAUCAAAUAAGUUUCAUCAACAAAGAAAGCUCAGAGGGCUCACUCAGAAUCUAAUAGCUUUAAUUGAAAGUGAUCCAAUUAUUGAUGAUUUAAUGCAAAACCCCGAAAAUCCCAACACACCGGUUCCCCGGCUUAGCUUAUGCGAACCAGGGAAGAAUGAAUGGGUUAUGUUACCGCCUAUUCCCGGCACCUCCUCUGAUGGAUUACCUCUGUUUUGUGAGUUUGCCGGAGUUGGUUGCUAUUUGGUUGUCAUUGGAGGCUGGGAUACUAAAACAUGGCAAGUGUUGAAUUCUGUUUAUAUUUACAAUCUUGUUGCCGGUACAUGGCGACGUGGUGCUGAUAUCCCCGGUUGCAGGAGAUCAUUCUUUGCUUGUGCAUCUGAUAUGAACCGCAAGGUUUAUAUUGCUGGUGGACAUGACGAUGAUAAGAACGCCUUGACAUCGGCUCUAGCUUAUGAUGUGUUAGAUGAUGUAUGGAUCUCACUACCAGAUAUGGCAAGACAAAGAGAUGAAUGUAAAGGCUUAUUCCAUGGUGGCAAGUUUCAUGUUAUCGGAGGAUACCACACGGAGAUGCAAGGGAAAUUCCAAAAAUCAUCAGAAACUUUCAAUGUUGAUACGGUAAAAUGGGAUUUUGUUGAAGAGGAUAAACUGGAGAGCAACACAUGCCCAAGAACAUGUGUGUUUGAUUUCAGAGGGACAUUGUACAAAUGUUGCUCACGUUAUUUGAUGCGUUUAGAUGGUUCCAAAUGGCGACAAUUCAUCGAGCUUCCUGCGGAUGUUUGUAUUGGUACUCAUGUUGUUGCAUGGCAAAAGAAGAUGUUAGCCAUUGGGUCUGGUAUCAAGGGUGGGAUACAAAAUUGUUAUGCAUUAGAGUUUGAAAUUGAUGCGAAGAGGCCAAAAUGGACGAAGUUAGAGUUAUCUAAAGAGUGUCGUAGGAUCCUACAAUCCGGAUUUAGUUUCGAAGUGUAGGACUUUAUUCUCAUCAUCAUGAUUUUGUAAUCGGCUAAUUUGUAAGAAGUGUGGGUGUGUGGGUGUUAUUUCUAAAACUGAAAAAAAAACUAAAAAUAUCUUUGUAAAACUGUAUCAGUGUAAUCAAAAAUUUGUAGUGGUAAUGGAAAAUUCGUCUCUGGAAGAUAUGGCAAGACUGACAAAUCAAAUGGAGGAGUAGCUAAACCUACCAGAUCAUGAAAUUGAAGAGGUUAUUAUCGAAAAAGGCAUUAUUCUCCCAGCAAGUGAUAUAGAUUGGAAUCUAACAAUGCUAGGAAGGAUAGUAUCAAAUUCAAGUGUUCUACAAUGGAAGUUCAUUAAUGCAGUGAGAGGAUUUGGAAACUAUCAACAAUUCCAACAAUCUCACCAUACAAGCAUCAUACAAAUGUCUACAUACUCAAAUUCCAUAAUGAAUCAGACUUUCAUAAGGUGAACGAAUUUAAACCAUGGUUUGUUAAAACAGAUGUCGCUGCUCUUAAAAUUAUCCCAAAUCAGGAAUACUAAAAGAUGAUAGUUUAUCUCUUAUCCAUGAACUGUUUUGGCUCAAAGCUAUUGAUGUACCAAUUUGAU